ACAUGGAUUCAAUAAUUUGCUUAAUUAGAACUUAGAAGUGUUUUCUGAACGUCAAUUUUUUUGUCACAACUUGUUUAACACAGCUGGCAAUAAGUCAUAUAGAUGACCUCGGGGCUGAAGCCCUGGGCCCCUUCGAGAACGGGGCCUGGGGCGACCGCCCCACUUGCCAACCCCUAACGCCGCCUCUGAGGACCAAUGACACACUGUUAUCGCAGCCGACAAAAAUAAUAGAAGGAAUUAUUACAAAAACAUAAAAUUGUUGUGACGCAGCGAUGCUCAUAAAUAUUUCAUGAUAGUGUCAAAGUAAGACAGCGCUCAUUUAUUCAUUGUCUAGUCUCUUCAUUUCCAGCAAAACCUGAGCACCACAGACAUGUGAAUGGUCUUCAAAACUAAACAAAUAAACUGAAUUAAUACAGCAUCAAUGUCCUGUUUGCAACAUUAACAUUCAAACAUUUUGAAAUUUUGAAUACUACAUUAGGUUAAUGUUAAAAUUUUAAAAGAAUAUUUAUUGCGAAGUCUUUAAGCUGCAUUAAAAAUUUGGUUUUAUGUUAACUAAAUAUCUAUGAAGUGCUAUACAAAACUUUUGAAAAGGUUCUAGAAACACCAGGAAAUUGUUAGAAAGUAAUUUCCAUGCAAACAUUAUUAAAACCUUGCCACACCGCGGCGUUUAGUUAACAUUCACUACAAAAUUUAAUAUAACAGCAUAAACACCUUUCUUAACUGUUUCAAUGUUGCUGGCGGUCAAGUGUGGAAAGAUGGGAGAUCAAUCGCAUCUACCCCGUUACACGUGCAUAGUGCUGCUGAAACUGAUAAAAAUAAACACUGAUUGCCUGAUUAAAUAAAAAGUCGUGGUAAAGAAAGGUGGUGCUUCGUUUCUCAGGUGGGUCGCGAGCACCGGGGAUCGAUUUCAGCGCCAUUCCGCCCCAAAGCUUACCUCACGUGAAGCUGAGUGCAUUGAUCAGGAUGCACACCAGCAGCAUCCACCCAGGUGUGUCACAACCGACGGCUGUGAAAGCCAGGAUGGUUUGCACACACGGGAAUUGUUGUUAUUGUCAGUACAUUGCUGCCAACAUGCGUUUUGCAGGGCUUUAUUUUGUGCGGAUUCCGCUGGUCGUCUGCGUGGCCGUGGUGGUGCUGCUGACCGUCAUGGUGGUCUACCAUCCGGAGAUGCAUCGCAUUUUGAAUUGGUCCCCACGGGUUCCAGAUGAGGACCACUCGCUAGCGGGAAAGCGACAGCUUGAAGCAACCGUUGGAGAGCCCCUCUGUGGAGAUAAUUUUGAGAGAUGUACCGAGGAUAACUGCAAGCAAGACUACACGGAGAGAGAAAUUGCGGUCCUGGCACAAGUGUUGGAAAUGAGGCUCAGAGAUGCCACGGUCAAACGUGAAAUAAUACCAAACAUUACAUGCGAAGUUGAAACAAAUGUUCGAAAUCCGUGCGUGCAUACGAACUGCUCCGAUUCUAUCCCCGAAUCUGCGGAGGACCGAGUUCGACAGCUUCUGCUGCCACAGCUACGACUCAGCCUCCACACGCAGGACGUGCUGCGCUCCAUGGCCGAGGACGUCCUGGAGACCAAGUACAUCUUCGUGACAGCGGCUUCAUCCGACCACUAUGGCGAGUCCCAGGCCCUGAUAUACAACCUCAGGCACUUCGUCUUCAACAAGCUCAACCCCACAGACCACGCUUUCUACUACUUCGACAUUGGUUUGUCACCAUCAGAGAGAAGUAAGGUUGAGAAAAAUUGCAACUGUACUGUAAAGAGCUUUCCAUUUAGUUCAUUUCCACCGCACAUCAAAACUUUAAAAUGUUAUGGUUGGAAGCCCAUAAUCAUCAAGGCCAUGGUGGUCAAGGCCGAGGUGCUGGUGUACAUGGACACGUCGGUGCGAUUCCGGAAUAUGGACUUCGAGCUCUUCUUCGACAGGGUGCGGCGCCGUGGGGGUCAGUUCCUGCACAACAUGGAUUCCAUCCCCAACCAUACCUUGCGCACCAUGUUCCACUUCUACGGGGAGGAGGAGUGUACAUUCACCCAGUUCCCAGAAAUCCUGGCGGGCUUCAGCGCUGUACACAAUGAGCCGUUUAUGAAUCAGGUCGUCUUGGAGCCGUGGGUGGCCUGUGCGCUUGACAGACUGUGCAUGUGCCCCGUGGAACCAGUCAAAGUGUUGUACUGUCCGCACGAAAAACGCAAGUGGGGUCAAUGUCACAGGUUCGACCUGUCCAGUCUCACUCUGCAGAUGGCCAAGCUUCUCGGCGAGAAGUUCGCCUACGUGGUCAUAAAUUCCACGACUGAACCACUGAUAGAACGGGGUUCGAGCAUGAAAUUAUUCGAUGACUAAGGGGAAGGGGGUUUUGCUGUUUUAGAGUUGUUUUUUCAUUGGGGGUGGAGUAGAUAACUUGACUAUUUUUCGUCACGUGACUUUAAGGCGCGUGCCAAAUGUUUGCUUUUUUCAUAAAAAUCCUUUGUCUUUUUUGUACGAACCCAGAUCGAGCUGGGACUAUCCGUGUGCACGUGGGAGCUCUGUCAGAAAUAGAUUGAGCGAAUGAGUGAACAGGGACUAGGGGUGAGUGAGAGUGAACGUGUAGGAGGGCAUUUGGAAAGUCAGUAGGUCACGGGUGUGAGAGGUGGUACUCGAGGGAAGUCGGGUAUGGAGUGGAUCUGAGAUGCGCGCGUUACUCUCUUACCAAAGAGCUUCUUUACAGCUUCAUCGACCAGACAUAUCAUCAACAUCAUGGUUAUACAUCACCAUUGGAACUUGAGCUUUAGUCCCUUGACAGUCAGAAGAAGACCUCUGGGAAAAUGUAGUCAGGAAUGUCUGCAGGCGGCACGUCAUCGCACCAUCUAGUGUUCAAACUGCUACCAUAACCAUUUCUUCAAUCACUACGAAGACAACACUCCUGGCUGAUAAUAUCCACCUGAUUGUACAACGCAUGUCCAGGGGGCAUCUGAUGCAUCGAAAGAUGGACGGACAAACAGACAGACGCACGAACGAUCCGACAGAAAGAUCGACAUCGACUACUCAACAAAUGAGCUUACAGGACUAGAAGGACGCAUAUUUUUUUAAAAUGAUUGGUUAAGGUGUAGUGUACUUUUUUUUCCUAAAUGUGGGUAUAUACAAUUCUUACUUUUCUCGAGACGCACAUCUGCAGACUUCACCAUGAGCAGAUAAAGGUCAACAACACCGAGGUCAGGUUUGUGCAUGGAUACUUUUAUGUUUCGAAAGCCUUGGCCAAUGGGAAACUGAAAACACAUCAGGCAUGUCACGACCGCGAUUUUGACCUCUUUCUGUGAAAGGAAAUGUUUGUAUGUAUAUAUACAUACCUCUAUAUUUACCCAGCAUUGACGCAAUGGUAUAUUGCAAUGAAUUUUACACAAUCAUGAAAAAAAUUAGCCCCCCCCCCUCCACUAGUCUUUGAGAAAAGUAAAUCUUCACACGUUCGCAAAUAUUCUUGAGCAAUAGACUCCUUAACAAAAAUGAGUAAAAAAAAAUCCUUGUCUUGAUUAGCUAUGAAGGGAGCAAGAUGACGAACCUCCAGCUUCUUUUCAUAAAAUGAUGUCCAAACCCCCAGUUGUUGAUUUAUUCCGGGAUGUUGUAUCAAGGAUGCCUCAGAAUUAAGGAAUGUAUAUCAAUGUCUGCGGAUGUGAACACCCUUUAUUGACUGUCCACUCUGUGUAUAUAGGCGCGCGCGCACACACACACACGCACACAGGCUUUUGAUAUACGUUUACACGCACACGUAUAUAGGUAUAUGACGUGUGUAACGGGACUGGUGGCACAAAUAAUUUAUUUCAAUUUCAAAAACCAAGCAAUAUGAUUUCUCCUUCAAAGUAACCCCCCCUCGAGUUUAAUGCACUUUUCCAUCCUUCUCUGCAAUAAUAUGCUUCUCUGCACUGCUGCAAGGAUUCUUCUGGAAUGUCCCUCAGCUCCGUCCUUUCAAACGGGUCCCCUUGCUCUCCGAGCAACCUCCCUAUUUACCUGAUCCUGCUUCUCGUAAAAUUUUAACAUGAUCACUGCCACUGUGAAUGCCAUUUAAUUUCAGACUUGCAGCAUUUGCAACCUCUUGCCGGAGAUUCAGCUCAAGCUGAAAUCUGUUGAGGAUCGAAGGUUCAUUUGAAAGAUGACAUCAUUAAAUUUGAAUAUUGCUCUUGCUCGGUUGUUGAAUUCUGUCAGUUGGACAGAGGGAGGACGGUUGUGGUGGGCGACUGGUGGGGCCGGAGUUAUGAUGCAAGGGUAAGUCGUUGCCCUGGAACAAUAUGGGGAACGAGAGGACAAGAGUUUUGUUUCCAAAGUUAUAAAGCGAUUUGUUGUUUUAACUCCAAAGCUGUACUUAUAAAGUGGUUCAAAGGUUUCCUAAGAAAAAAACAAAACAAAAACAUGAAGUAGUGUCGACGUGGUCUGGACAUCGCUUUGUAACUAUUUCCCCAUUUUACCUCGGGGAAACAGCUUACUUUUACUUCAUACCUACAGCCCCUGGAAGUGAUAAUACGUGUGCAUACCUCCAUAGACUGAAGGAUUGAUUAAAAUAUUGUAUUUUCGAUUAAUGUUCUUUCAAGUGUUUUUAAAACUUCAUCCUCUGCGUAACAGAUGGCGGGUGUCAUACACAAUCAAUGUGUAACGAUUCUGUGAAAAUGGAAGGACACCCGUCAGUUGUUAACCUGGUGUUCAAUGCAUGAUGGAAGAAAAAAAAUGGUAAUAAGAAUGCUAAGACAUAAUUUGGAGACAUAUUGCAAUUGUCCGAAACUAUAAUUAAAAUUAUAUUUUACCUUU